GAAAAAUCAAGACCUGCGGCCAGAUGGACCAAACAUGCAUAUGAAUACCAUAUGGCAAAUGAAGGCCCCAUGAAUCACCCUCAGUUCCCUCAGACCGGAGUAGUGAACCCGGUGAAGUUGUACGACCGCUGUUCGACCGAACCGUUAGUUUUCUUUGGCUGACGCUUAGAAACUAGAACUCACUUCUUCUGUAGACGCGCUGCGCUGAUGGAUGGCGAAAGGACCUGCCUGAUUUGCAGCCGGGAGAUUUGCAGCCCCGAUUCUGCUGCGCACAUCUUGCCAUGCAGCCACGCGCAGUGGCAUGAAAGCUGUAUCCAUCAGUGGCUGACGAGGCAAAGGACCUGUCCGCUCUGCCGGACGCCGAGCCAGGUGGCCGUGGUGGAGGAGCCUCCGACAGCGAUCGGCAUGGCUCAAGACUUGCUGGGACGGAUGCAGGACUUGCUGGAUGAGGAGGUGCAAGCGUUGAAGCGGAAAUACCAAGCGCUACAACUGGAAGCCGAUCUGUUGGAGCAAGAAUUGGAGAAAGAGCUUGUUCAGGUAUGCUGCCAGGAUGCCGCGGUGGACUUGGAGGCGCGCGCGUUGCUGGCGCGUCUCACAGCAGCUCUGCGGCGCCAAGGCGUCGCGCCGGGGCGGCUCUUCGCCGCCUUGUCGCCGCAGAAGGCACCUCUGGCGCUGGAGGCGGCUGAGACAGCGCUGGCCAUCUUCGGUGGGAGCGCCAGCGCAGCCCACGUGAACCGCGCAGCGCGGUUGAUGGACCUCAAUGGAAGUGGAUGGAUCGAGGAAGCUGAUUUCCAGGAGGCGAUGGAGAGAUUCUGAUCCUCGAAGUGGAGUUUUGUAAGCCACAAAGCAUGGCUUAGUAGGUUGGAGGGUGGCUGAGACAGCGGAACACGGGUC